AUGUCUACCGAAGAUAAAGCAAAGUCACCAGCGCCACCGGCAACCACUGAAACUUCAUCGGAAGUUAAGGAAACCGCUUCGGAGGUUACCUCCACCGUUGCACCGUCAAAGGAGGUCGAGGUGCCGGCUACUACCACCGACAGCAAGUCUCCUGAGCCAUCUAAACCUGCAGAUGCCGUCGCUGACACCACACCAGCCAAACCCUCCGAAGACGCGGAAAAGCCAGCUAACGACGAUGAAGCUUCGGAAGAACCUGCUCCACAGGAAGCUGAGGAUAAUGACACGACACAAACCACAGUCCCGGUCGAUAAUAAUGACAAAGACGACUCGAUUGCCAUAUCCCCCAUCACUGAGGCCAACCGGCCUUCGCGUGCUGCCGCCCAAAAGGCACAAGAAGCCACCAAACCACGUACUCCCGCUAAGAAGAAGAGUUCCACCAAUCUCUCCGGAGCUGCUGCCGCCAGUUCUGCCAACAAACGCAAAUCAUUCGGUGGUAAGGCUGGUCCUGAUAUGGCUCUUAAGCCCGGUAUGAUCGUGCUUGCUCGAUUGAAGGGGUAUUCUCCUUGGCCAGCCAUCAUUGUCGAAGACGAUAUGCUUCCUGACGCCGUCAAGAACGCCCGCCCCAAAGACAGCACUAGCAAGCGAAAGGGCAAGUUUAGCAUGUUGGGAAUGGCAGAGGAGGAUAUCCCGAUUGCUGCCCGUGGCAGCUCUGCAGGUCACUGGCCUAUCAUGUUCCUUGACAACUUUGAAAGCUUCGCCUGGACGAUGUUUACAGAGAUAAUGCCUCUCGAUAAAACCGCCAUCGACGCCUUCUCGCCACGUGGAAAAGCCAAGGACAUCGUCAAGGCUUACGAAAACGCUAAGAAGGGAUAUUCGCUUGAAGAUAUCCGCAACAUUAAGGCAGACGCUUAUGAGGAGGAAGAAGAAGCCGAUGCAAUGGAUGUUGAUGAACCAGAAGAAGAUGAGGAGGAGGAAGAAGAGGUUGAAGUCAAGGCUCCUAAAGGCAAGAAGAAGGCCGCUCCAGCGAAAGAGUCGAAGAAGCGUAAAGCAGAGGAGGAGGUUGAAGAUGCUACGAAAACCCCGAAGAAGCAAAAUACCGGCAAGAACGUCAAAACUCCAGCCUCUUCUAAGACAAAGACUCCCGUUAACGGUGCAUCGAAAAAGAAGGCUGCCGAAGAAACCCCGGCCCCAAAGUCAUCUAAAAAGCGAACCGCUGCUGUUGCCUCCGAAGAAGAGGAAGACACCAUUGAUAAGAGCGCGAAGAAGAAGACUAAGGGUGCUGAGAAGAAGGCUGUCGAAAAGGAUGACACUCCAGACGAGGCUACUUCUUCCUCGGCUAAGGCGAAAAACCUGACUGUAGAAAAAGAUCAGAAAGAGAAGGAAGUUAUGUACCUUCGACACAAGAUUCAGAAGGCCUUACUUACCACUGAUAAAGUCCCAACUGAAGCAGAGGUCGUCAAUAUCGACCACUACUUCCAGAAACUUGAAUCGUACCCCAAGCUUGAAGUUGCGAUCAUCAAGAAGACUAAGAUCAAUAAGGUCCUGAAGGCUCUUCUUCGUCUUGCCAGUAUCCCAUUUGAUGAUAAGUACAAAUUCAAGGAUCGCACUCUCAAGAUGUUGGAUGAGUGGAAUCAGCUCCUUGCUAAUGACCCCGAGGCAUCCGGUGCUGAACCAAAUGGUGUCAAGAAGGGAAGCACAAGCGGCAAGGACAAAGCCGGCAAGAGCCCUGAACCGUCAACUGAGCCUGAGAAGCAGAAGACCGAAGAACCGAAAGAGAAAGUCGAGCUCGCCGGAUCUGACGCCAAAGAAAGCACUGAGAGUGUUACAGAGAAAGACGAGAAAACCGAUGCCCUAGCUCUAGCCGAGGAAGAAACCGCUAGUGAAGAGAAGAAAGAAGAAGAAGAGGAGGUAGUAGCUGCCGCCGAGGCCAGCAAGGAAGUCGCUGCGGAAGCUUAA